AUGAUCUACAAUGAAAGCUGGAGCGUCUGUCCCAGCUCCUGGACGUAUCUCAAGUCGUACCCUGGAGAAGUUCGCCAACAGGUUCGCCGUGACUUUUUAGACAGCGAGACGGCGAACGCCGACGAUGAGGAGAUGUCAGCUUUCGUUCUGCUAGCUCUUCAAGACGAAACGUCGCUUGCUACCUACGGGUGGAACAACCGUCAUCCAAGAAAGGAAGAUAAAAAAACAGACUCGGAGCGGGUGAUAUGGUGCCUCCAGAAGCUGUCGAUGGAGCCCCGGCUGGUCUUGAAGGUCUGCAGGGAGCUUCUUGCUGAUGCAAGAGAGCCGGUCGUUCUCGCUGAGUCCGGCGAGGUACAGGCCAAUGGCCACCCGUUUCUGCGGAGUUACGUCGCGCUUCCUGGAGUUCGAGGCAUCUUGUAA